AUGCCCGGCUGGCUCGGCGGGCUCCGAGAUUCCCGCGCCGCCCCACCCCGCCGCCCGCGCCCCGCACGGAGGCUGGAGCGCCUGCCGCCCGCCGCCCGUAAAAUGGUCACCUCGGCUGGACAGCUCGCCCUCUUCGCGCUGGGUAUUUUCUUGGCCGUGUGCCAGGCCCUGGAGAACAGCACAUCCGCCCUGAGUGACCCGCCCGUGGCUGCAGCUGUGGUGUCCCAUUUUAAUGACUGCCCAGCUUCCCACAGUCAGUUCUGCUUCCAUGGAACCUGCAGGUUUUUGGUGCAGGAGGAGAAGCCAGCGUGUGUCUGCCACUCUGGGUACGUCGGUGCACGCUGUGAACACGCAGACCUCCUGGCCGUGGUGGCUGCCAGCCAGAAGAAGCAGGCCAUCACCGCCUUGGUGGUGGUCUCCAUCGUGGCCCUGGCUGUCCUCAUCAUCACAUGUGUGCUGAUACACUGCUGUGAGGUCCGAAAACACUGUGAGUGGUGCCGGGCGCUCAUCUGCCGGCAUGAGAAGACCAGCGCCCUCCUGAAGGGAAGGACUGCUUGCUGCCACUCAGAAACAGUGGUCUGAAGAGCCCAGAGGAGGAGUUCUGCCAGGUGGCCUGCAGCAGCCAGAGGGAAAAAGGACUUCUUGAGUUCGGCGCAGCAAGGGCUGCCAGGCCUGGGCCAGCAGGC